GCUGGUCCGUUCAUGCAUACGCGGCUCUCCGUCACCGAGGGCCGCGAGCGACAUCGCCGGAGCGCCGCGCGUCCGCGCAUAAAUAUGGUACCACACCACACAAGCCAUCACAAGCUCACAAUCCCACAGCAGCAGAACCACACACACAAGAAUCAAUCAACCAACCAACCGACGGGAGAUGGCUUCAUCGAGCAGGAUGCUGGUGGCGGCGGCGGUGGCCGCCCUGGUGGCCGUGGCGUGGUGCGCGCCGCCGCCGGUGAGCUUCACGGUGGAGAAGGGGUCCGACAAGACGCAUCUGGCGCUGCAGAUCAAGUACGACAAGGCCGGCGACAGCAUGAAGGAGGUGGAGCUGAAGCAGAAGGAGGACUGGCUGCCCCUGAAGAAGGGCUACAGCGGCGCGUGGGAGAUCAAGAGCGACAAGCCCCUCGAGGGCCCCUACAGCUUCCGCUACGAGACCGAGAAGGGCCAGCGCAACGUCUUCGACGACGUCAUCCCCACAGAUUUCAAGUGCGGCUCCACCUACAAGCCAGAGGCGACCUACUGAGAUUCACCCAUGCAUCGGUUCCGCCAUCAUCGAUCGACCUCGCAACUAAGAUCGUGUCAUAAGACGCACGUACGGAUACUAAUAAGUUACUCCCUCUGUAAACUAAUAUAAGAGUGUUUAGAUUACUACUUUAGUAUUCUAAACGCUUUUAUAUUAGUUUACGGAGGUAGUAGAUAAUAUUACCUUCGUCCUGAAUCAAUUGUCUAAUUCGGGACGAAGGGGGUAAUAGGAGAAGCAACGGCCGGCGGUCGGUUGUAUUUGCUCUCCCGUACGCUCGUUGUCUUGAUUGACCAUUUCUCUUUUUUUUUUACCCAAUCUUUUCAAUAUUAUUUGUAAUAUUAUUUGUAAGAUAUGCAGUGCUCACAAGGAGCUCUCACUCUCCUACAUAGUCAGUGAUGAUAUGAAUGGAGACCAGUGUUUAGACGUAUUC